UCAACCUACAAAUAAAAGCUGUAGUCAAAUGUUGUUUUUAGCGCAGACGAGAAACGGAGCUACAAUCAGUACACAGAACCUACUGGUUAAUUCGGACCACACGCCAAAUCUGGAAGCACACUGCUGUUAGGACAGUGCAUUCAUCUCUGAACAAUGUUUUACAGAUUCGGUGUAAUUCUCACUCCGGAGUGCAAUGACAUUGACGUGUAUGUUUUGGGUUCCCGUCCAGAGAUGGGUCACUGGGAUCCGAACAAGGCGGUUCUUAUGAAACCUACACAGGCUGUCCUGUCAAUGCACGAGCCUUGCCUCUGGAUCGGCGACGUGCAGCUCGCGGAGCCGUGCAAAGACAGCCUGUGGUUCAAGUUCAUUAAAAGAAUAGAUGGCAAUUUCAUCUGGGAAGGCAAUGGGCCCCAUCAUGACCGAUGUUGUGUGUAUGAUGAGAACAACCUGGUGGACGGUGUCUACUGUCACCCCAUUGGCCACUGGAUUGAGGAGACUGGCCACACAGAUGAGAUGAAGCACACAACUGACUUCUACUUUGGUGUGGCGGGCCAGCAAGCUAUGAAUUUCUCCAGGAUCCUUCCCAGGGUCUGGCUAGGCAGCUGUCCUCGCCAGCUGGAGCAUGUGACCCUCAAGCUGAAGCAGGAGCUGGGCGUUUCCGCGGUGAUGAACUUCCAGACGGAAGCGGAUGUGGUCAACAACUCGCACGGCUGCCGGCACGACCCUGGACAACCCAUGACUCCAGAGACCAUGAUGCACCUGUACAAGGACAGCGGCCUGGUGUACGUGUGGAUCCCCACGCCAGACAUGAGCACGGAGGGUAGAAUAAGAAUGCUCCCCCAGGCUGUCUUCCUACUGCACGGGCUGCUGGAACACGGUCACACCGUCUAUGUUCACUGUAACGCGGGCGUAGGCCGCUCCACCGCCGCCGUGUGUGGUCUCCUCAUGUACAUCCUGGGCUGGAGCCUGAGGAGGGUGCAGUACUUUGUUGCAGCCAGGAGGGCGGCGGUCUACAUUGAUGAAGAGGCCUUGGUUUGCGCCCGGGAAGACUUUCUACUCAAGUUUGGACAGCUACGCUCGUCUGGUUGUUGCCCACAGACUUGAGAAUGGAGCCCCCUUGUGGUUCAAAGGGAUAGUUGCAAACUGUGAAUGGAUUAGAGGCAAUGGACCCGGAGGUCCUAAAGUGUGACAUAUUUCAAGUUAGAAUGCUUUACCAAAAUACAUUUGUCCAAUCACCAUGAUUAAUGUGCGAGUUGCCAGAUGGUCAUAUAACUAAAAGCAAAAUAAACUUCUGCUCACUUCAAUUUGAUGAAAACUGCCUUUUUAGUUGAGUGGUUGUCCUAUUCUGGUCAAUAUUCAGGUAGCCUGAAAACAUUCUCAGCUGACAUUUGAAAAGGCACCUUGACGUUUGGUUUUGUCGACUGCUAAUAGAACUUUGAGGACUGAAUAAAUCAAAAACUCGAAGAAACUCCCAGAUGCUUGAAUAGUAGAGUUUGUAAAGUGGGCAAUGACCACAUUUUUACCUGCGAGAGUCGAACAAAUGACAGAAAUAUAAACCAGUCAGUCUCUCUCUUCUCUCUUGCCUUCUCUCACCUGAUAUCUUCUGUGCCAAAUUCGUCUCCUACGUAUAAAGGAUUACUCCCGAGUCCCAGAUGCUUAUGUGGCAUUUCACAGAAAUUCUGUGUUUUCACCGUCCAAGGCUGUAAAGGAAAAUGGUAGAGUUGUCUUUGUUGUGUAGAGGUCUUAAUGCUACCUGUGAAAAGGAAAAUGUCAUUUCCUGCUAAAUAAAUCCAAGCAAACAAACAAAACC